ACGCCGAUCCCGGGGACGUGAUGACGCGACCGCGGUGUGACGGAUGGACGCGAUGACGCAGUGAGCUGCCCUCCCCCCGCCGCGGACAUUUGCUUCCCGUUGCCGGCCGCCGCCAUGGUUCCCCCGGUGCAGGUGUCGCCCUUCAUCAAGAUGGCUAGAUACUCAGCAUUGUUCGUUGGCAUUAUCUAUGGCAAGACACGCUAUGAUUAUUUGAAGCCUGUUGCAGAAGAAGAGAGAAGAAUCGAAGCUGAAGAGAAAAAGAAGCGAGAGGAGCUUGAACGAUUUGCAAAGCAACUGGCUGAAGCAAAUGAAGACACAAUAUUGAAAUGAUUGAACCCAACAAAAGAAUGGAUGAAGAAUAUCUUGCGUGCACCUCUGGUUGAUAGUAUGGACGUAAAUAUAAUCAAGACUGCUUUCUGGUGCAUUUUCCACCAUAGUGAAAAAAUAAAAUUUAUUUGAACAAU